GCCCUGCCCUUCCUAUAGUGUGGUUCUGUUCCUUCCUGGUGAUCUUGUGGCGUAGGCGCCUAGCUGGGGAGCAAGAGUCCGUCCUGCGGUGUUUGGACUUGGGCUCUUAUGCUCUUCGGUCGCCUGUCUCCCUCCGCCCGGGAGUGUGAGGAGCUGUUAGUGCCGUAGUUGUCCACUCGUGGCUAGGCUGAGUACCAUGAAGCGGGCAGCGAUGCGGCUUUGUUUCUUGAACAAGGGGCUUCUUACUCAUCGCAGAGGACUGGCUCGAGGAUCCCUGUACAAAGUACAAGAACCGUUAGACAUACGUGAAGUUCGGAAUAAGCUGCGGGAGAUAGUAGGUGUAUCCACAAACUGGAGAGACCACGUAAAAGCAAUGGAGGAAAGGAAGUUACUUGAUAAUUUUUUGGCUAAAUCGCAGAAAGACCUCCCACCGAGGAAAAUGAAGGACAGUUACAUUGAAGUUCUCCUACCAUUAGGUAGUGAUCCUUCACUACGAGAGAAAUAUUUGACUGUUCAAAACACAGUAAGAUUCGGCAGGAUUCUUGAGGAUCUUGACAGCUUAGGAGUUCUUAUUUGCUACAUGCACACCAAAGAUCAAUCUGUCAAGAUGUCUCCUUUAUCAAUAGUUACAGCCCUGGUGGACAAGAUUGAUAUGUGUAAACAGAGCUUAAGCCCUGAACAGGACAUUAAAUUCACUGGCCAUGUUAGCUGGGUUGGAAAGACAUCCAUGGAAGUGAAGAUGAAAAUGUUCCAGGUGCACAUUGAUAAUGAAUUCUGGCCUGUUUUGGAUGCAACAUUUGUAAUGGUGGCUCGAGAUUCUGAAAAUAAAGGGCCGGCAUUUGUAAAUCCGCUCAUUCCUGAAAAUGAAGAAGAAGAAGAGCUCUUUAGACAAGGAGAAUUGAACAAAAGCCGGAGGAUUGCCUGGAGCUCCGCCUCAUUACUGAAAGUGGCUCCCAGUCCUGAGGAGAGGAAUACCAUACAUGAACUGUUUCUUAGCACACUGGAUCCAAAGACGAUAAGUUUUCAGAGUCGAGUUUUGCCUGCUAAGUCAGUGUGGAUGGAGGAUACAAAACUCAAGAGCUUGGAUAUAUGUCACCCUCAGGAGCGGAACAUUUUCAAUCGGAUCUUUGGUGGUUUUCUUAUGAGAAAAGCAUAUGAACUUGGAUGGACCACUGCUUGUAGCUUUGGUGGUUCCCGGCCAUUUGUGGUAACAGUAGAUGAUAUCAUGUUUCAGAAACCCGUUGAAGUUGGAUCAUUGCUCUUUCUUUCUUCACAGGUCUGCUUCACUCAGAACAAUUAUAUUCAAGUCAGAGUACAUAGUGAAGUAGCCUCUCUUCAGACUAAUGAGCACAUGACCACCAAUAUCUUUCAUUUUACAUUCAUGUCGGAAAAAGAAGUACCCUCGGUUUUCCCCAAAACAUACGGAGAGUCCAUGUUAUAUUUAGAUGGACAGCGCCAUUUCAAGUCUAUGAGUGUCCCACUGAUCUUGAAAAAGGACUACCCUGUGGAGCCCUAGGAAGAUCUCACUUGUUGCAAACCAGCACUCCCUGCAUGGUGGCAUUGUGCCUAAUAAAGGCAUGCUGGAAAGUAUUGAUGUUUGCAUUGCUUUUCACCCUCCAUAGACGAGACUAUAUUUAGCUUUUAGAAGGAUCACAAAAGCAGAGUGAGGGGCUGAAUGGAGCUGAGAGUCGGAAAAAAAUGAUUAAACAGCAAAAAUUUUUAUAAUGAUGUGAAUUGUGACCCUACCAUGUUGCUUCUGACCCUUGUCUGCUAAAACUUUUAGCCAAACGUCUUUUUAUACAGUUGAGCGUGUUCUUUGGAGUGAUAUUCUUUUUAAACCUGACUGACAUCCUUAUGAUGUCUAAAAUGCUAACAAUUCUAUAUGAUUGGUUUCUUUGUUUGUUUGUUUUGCUUCUCUUCCCAAGGUGUUAAUGUUGAUGGAGGGUAGAUAGAUGGAAGGGAGAUAAAGGAAUUCAUGAAAGUCUGUCUGUGGUAUCUGUAAAGAUUUAUGGGAAAGUUUAAAUCUGAAAAUAUCGUGAAGUGUUCAGGGAUGAGCUUGAUGAGAAAACUCAGAACCAUUUGUUGCUUCUUGCAUUUACUAGAUAUACUAUGCUUUGAGCUGGGCAGGAUAUAUCUUGGUGGAAAAAACAGUAACUUCUCAUGCUUCUGAAGCAUUUACAUGUAGGCAGGCAUUUGGCCUGUAUGAGAUCAUAUUUCUUCCAGGAAUCAGAGAGGCGGGAUAUGUAACUCCCCAUAGGGUCAGCCACUCAGGAAAUUGAAGCAUAUGGAGGUUAAGUGCCUUGGUCAAGGUCCAGCAGUUCAGAAGUGGACUGCUGGCACUUUGAGUACAGGGUAUUCUUGAGAAGUAUUGCAUGCUACAUUCAAGAAAUGUAGCAGGAGGUUUUACACCCACUGGGAUCUCCAAGGGAAGCAUUCCCUUUCUUUUUUGCUUUCCUUGCCCCUACCCACCACCCCCUGUUCUUCCUUCUCCUCACCUCUUAUUAUUUUCUUCUUCUCCUCACCAAAUUUCUUUUUUCUUUUUUCCUUUUUGGUGUUAUAGGUUAAACCCAGAAACUUGCAUGUGUUCUACCACAGUGUUACACUCUAGCCACCAGUGCCACGAAUUUGCACUCAAGAAAGUUUAUUACAUGAUGGGAGGGGAAUCUGAUCCAAUUUAGAAAAGCAGGGAGCAAAUUAGAAGCUACAAUAGAAGAUGAAAGAAAUUUCUGGCAGUGCCCUUCAGUAAGGCUUCUAGAUUAAUAAAAUCAAACACAGCUCAGCCUUGGAAUGAGCUGGGAUUCUUUAAAACUCAUUCAUAUAAUAUUCAUUAAAAUCAUAGUCACUAUAAAAUAUCUGGCAUGAAUAGUCAUGGGGACAAACAGCUUACUCUGAAGUAUGCAGUUUAAUUGAAUGGGAUCAAGUCUUAUUACUACGUGGUGAUUCACCUGGCCAUUUGGUCCUGUGCUUCGUAGAUCUGUGUAUGACAUGGGUACCUAUAGCUAGAUGGCUAAAUGGUCCCCAUUUAAGAGAUUGACUAUAUAUCUUUUUGUAUGCAUGACUAACCAUUUGUGGGUGUACACUGAAGCUUUUUCUGGAAUUAAUUUAUUUUUCUAUUCUAAGCACAGUGUUGUAAGAAAUAUCCUAAACACCUAAAACAUUUGGUCCCUAAAUUCUUUCCUCAGGAAAAAUGGGAAGAAGUAAGCUCCCUAGGCCAAACAGUGUGCAAACAGUGAAGAUAGAGAAUUCCACAACAGCCAAGCACACUUAGUUAUGCGUCCAUAGUUACUCCAGACUUUGUCUGCUUUUUGUCUUUUGUUUUAAAAAUGUCUUUGUCAUUCAAUAGAUAAAAUGACAUUUUUUUAACUGUCUUUCUUUGAAUCCUGCUGAGAUUAAAAAUAAAUAGCAUCUUUGUUUCUAAUUAAACAUUCCAAAUGAU